AUGGCGAUCAGGUCGUGGUGCUGGGCGAGCUCGAUGCCUGAUCGCGGCCGGCUGGAGAUCGAUGCGACCGGUCUGGCAGUCGCGCCGGGCUUCAUCAACAUGCUGAGCUGGGCCGGCGAGUCGCUGAUCCAAGAUCCGCGCUCGCUGAGCGAUCUAGUUCAAGGUGUCACGCUCGAGGUGAUGGGCGAGGGCCGGUCCAUGGGGCCGCUCACCGCCGACAGCAAAGCCGACUUGCGACAGCGCCAGGGCGACAUCCAGUACGAGGUCGAGUGGACCACCCUGGCCGAGUACCUGCGAUUCCUCGAGGAUUGCGGCGUCGCCACCAACGUAGCGUCGUUUGUCGGCGCCACUACCGAUCUGGUUCGCCGGGCGAUGGCGGAAGGGGCUCUCGGAGUGGGCUCGUCGUUGCCUUACACGCCGGCAGCCUUCGCCUCGACCGACGAGCUGAUCGCCCUGGCUCGGGCGGCGGCAGAGUCCGGCGGCAUGUACAUUUCGCACAUUCGCGACGAGGGCGGUGGCAUCUUCGAAGCGCUCGACGAGUUUCUCACCAUCGUCCGCGAGUCCGGCGUUCGUGGCGAGGUCUACCACCUGAAGUCCGCCCUCCGCGAGAACUGGGACAAACUCGACGGAGCGAUCGCCAAGCUCGAAGAGGCCCGUGCAGAAGGUCUGGCGGUGACCGCCGACAUCUAUCCCUACCAUGCCAGCUCGACCGGCCUGACUUACGUCUUGCCGACCUGGGCUAAAGAAGGCAGCCACGACGACAUGAUCGGACGCCUGCUCGAUCCACAGUUGCGGCCACGGCUGCUGGCGGAGAUCGACUUGAUCCCGCCCGAAGACAUUCUGCUGGUCAGCUUUCGCCAGCCAGAGAUGCGGCAGUACACCGGCAAGACCCUGGCCGAGGUCGCCGAGCAGUGGCAGCCGGGUGGGGACGGUGCGGUUCUCGAUGACCGAGCACAACAUCCGCAAGAAGCUGGCGGUGCCGUGGAUCAGCUUCUGCUCCGACGCCGGCUCGAUAGCGCCCGAGGCGCCCGUUCACCAACUCCCAGCCUCAUCCACGGGCCUACGGCUCGUUUGCUCGGGUUGCUGGGCAAGUAUGUACGAGAAGAAGGGAUCCUGAGCCUUGCCGAGGCCAUUCACCGGUUGAGCGGUUUGCCGGCCGACAACUUGCGUCUCGACCGCCGCGGCCAGCUCGCCGAGGGCUACUACGCCGACGUGGUGAUCUUCGAUCCGGCGACGGUGAUCGACCGCGCUACCUUCGAAGAACCCCAUCAGCUGGCCACCGGCGUGGUGCAUGUGUUCGUCAACGGCGAGCAGGUGCUGCGCGACGGCGAGCACACCGGGGCCUUGCCGGGACGGUUCGUCAAGGGGCCGGGCUGGCAGGGCGGGCGUCAGCUGCGAACUGAUCCCGCUGCCUCAGCGCGACCGAUAGCUGUCAGCUGGUGGACUCACCCCUGUCAGGUGGAGUGGACGCCGGCCACCGGCCAGCACAGCCAUCGCCGCCCCUAG